GCGGGCGGCGCCCGAGCCCAGGGGCGGGUGCGAGCGGCCUUGCGGAUCCCUGCGCCCCGGAGUCCACGGCUCCGCGAGGCCACACCCGGAGGGCGGCGCGGAGCUCUGGCGCCUGGGCCGCGGGCGACAGUGUCCCAGCGUCCGUGACCCAGUGGCCUUUGAGGAUGUGGCUGUGGACUUCUCCCCAGAGGAGUGGGCCCUGCUGGACGGUGCUCAGAGGGACCUCUACAGGGACGUGAUGUUGGAGACCUGCAGGAACCUGGCCUCCGCAGGUUGUGGCUUUCACACUGAAGCCAGCGGGUCACGUUUUCAGCAGUAUAUUUUGAGAAAUGGAAUAUCCAGCGACGAUGUUACAAGAAGGGAUUUCUGGUCUGCUUUUGGAGAAAACUGGAGGCUCGAAGACCCUGGCGAUGACCAGGUGCAGGACAGGUGUUGGAGAGGCAGUGUGGUGGACGGCCUCUCCAGACAGACGGAGGGUCAGCGUGGAGACGCCGUGGGCCACGCUGAGCGCAGGCGUGUCCCCAGUGGAGGUCAGCCCUGGGAAUGUACCACGCGUGCAAGGGCCUCCAGGAACCAGCAAGCACCGCGCACUGGACACAGGCCUCAUCCUUGUGAGGAACGUGAGCAAGCUGGCGGCAGCCCGGGUCCCCAUGCGAAAACUGACACUGCAGAGAGACCCCACGAACGAGGGGACACCGGGGGAGCACCGAGUGAAGACGUCAGAAGUCCCAGUAGCAAACAGUCUCUGAAAUGUAAGAGAUGCGGAAAAGUUCUCUCUUGCCCCUCAUCCUUACGGGCUCACGUGCGGGGUCACCGAGGGGAGAAAAGGCACGCGUGUGCCGUGUGUGGGAAGGCCUUUCAGUAUCACUCCUACCUUGCCCGGCACACCAGGACGCACACCGGGGAGAAACCCUAUGAGUGUGCGGAGUGCGGGAAGGCCUUCAGCUGCCCCUCCUAUUUCCGCGACCACGUGCGGACGCACAGUGGGGAGAAGCCCUACCGCUGCGCGCACUGUGGGAAGGCCUUCAGCUGCUACUCCUCCUUUCGGGAUCACACGAGGACGCACACUGGAGAGAAGCCCUACGAGUGCACCCGCUGUGGAAAGGCGUUCGCGUGCUACUCGUCUCUUCGGGAACACGGAAGGUCACACAGUGGGGAGAAGCCCUACGACUGUGAAGAGUGUGGGAAAGCCUUCAGGUACCCCUCGUCCCUGAGAGCGCACCUGAGGACGCACGCGGCCGAGAAGCCCCAUGCGUGCGAGCAGUGCGGGAAGGCCUUCAGCUGCGCCACCUACUUCAGGAGGCACGCCAAGACCCACAGUGGGGUGCGACCCUACCAGUGUGCCCAGUGUGGCAGGGCCUACCGCUUCUCGUCCUCCCUCCGCAUCCACGCGAGGACGCACACCGGGGAGAGGCCCUUUGGCUGUCAGCAGUGUGGCAAAGCCUUUGGCUGCGCCUCCUCCCUCCGAGAGCACGUGAGGACCCACAGUGGGGAGAAGCCUCACCGCUGCAGGCAGUGCGGGAGAGCCUUCAGCCACCCUCAGUAUUUCCAAAAACACAUGCGGUCACACAGCGGAGGGAAGCCCUACGAAUGCACCCAGUGUGGGAAAGCCUACCGCGGCUCCUCGUCCCUGCGCGUGCACAUGAGGUCGCACACGGGGGAGAGACCCUACGAGUGCAAGCAGUGUGGGAAAGCCUUCAGGUACCUGGCGUCCCUGCAGGCCCACAGGAGGUCACACUCUGGAGAGGAGCUUUGAGGACACAGCUGCGUGGGACGUUGCUCCCUCGGCCUGAAGCCCUUGGGAGAGGAAGAACACACCAGGGAAGACCCUAUUUAAGUUCAGAAGGGGAAACCUGGGAGGGAAGUCUCUCCACUGUUACCAACGUUUACCUUCAAGUGCCUCGCUUACCAGGGCUCCCUGAUGUUUAAGUCUCUUCUUGGUGUUGCUGACAUGCACAGUGAACCCCCUGUUGGGUGCCAUCACUGGUACUGUGUAUAUUUCAUUAGAUAAGACCUCAAAUAAUCUGGCGUCCACGUAGACUUGUCUAGUACACGUUAUGAUUUUGGACCUAUGGGUGCUACCGUGUACAAUUUGAUGUGAUUUUACAUUAGAAGCUUUCUCUGUAUAUUACUUGAUGACAACUUACUUAUUCGUAUGCAGUGCUGAGACUUGACCCCCGGGCCUCACAGCCCUCAUGAGAAGCUUUUGAUUCCUACUUUUGUUUCCAGUUUGAGGUCAGAAUGUGACUGUUGUUGUUGAACUUGCUUUUCUGGUCCACAGGUGCAGGUACUGGACAGACACACACUGUCCCCCUUUCUCUUCAUUCUUCAUUAUGGAAAGAGGCGUCUUCCUUUGCUGCUAGUGGACUCAUGUAAUGCACCGGAAUUAGUAAUUCUGGAAGGUUCUUCAAAGAGUCUCUUCCCAACUGAUUUGUGAUCAUAUUUUGAUCUUGACCGGAUAUUGGACACACUGCAUUGCUGAGAAGAGAGACCCUCUGGCAUAAAGGUGAAAGUUCAUGUAUCAGUGGUCCCACUGAAUUGGCCAUCAGCAUGAAUAAGGCUGGAAAGUGUAUGUCCUGAGUUCACGAGAGGACAGCGUGUGAGUUUUGGGAUGUGGAAGUGGAUAACCAGUAUUCUCAGUAGUUUUUUUUUUUUAAUAUUUAGUUUUAGGUGGGCACAAUAUUUUACCUUUACAUGGUGCCGAGGAUCGAUCCCAGUGCCUCAUGUAUGCCAGGCGAGCGCGCCUCCGCUGAGCCCCAGCCCCGGCCCUUUGAGUAGUUUUAUUGGGAGACAGGGUCUCAUCAAUUGUCACCCAUUUACCACGGUGACCUGUGGUCCUAGGUCAAGCACAUUUUUCUGAUUAUCUCUGCCAAUCUAGAAUGGCGCAAAAGCAAACCCGGCACCCCUCUUGGCACGUGCUGCAGACUGUCCACACACCUCGCGUCUCGGGCCCUCCUGGGCUCCGUGCUCCCAGGUUCCCCUUGGGCUGCAGCUCUGUGGUUCCCUGACCCCCCCCCCAGCCCUUCCCCUCAGCUCUCCUGUCACCUGGUUUCCGCGGUGAGCACCUGUGUCCUGACAGUUAUGUGGGAGCUGAGAGCCCGUGUCCUUGUAGGGCUGCUGAGGCAGCUCCUCUAGCGGAUCUGUCACUUCAUUCCUGUUGAGAGCCACAGCCAGUCGGAAUGGCCCCUGGCAUUUUGCCAGAGUAAUGGUUGAGAGGCGAGCCCUUAAGAUGAUGCUGGAUUGAUUCAAUUGUAUAUAGACCGCUGCUGUCCGCCUCAGGCGCCCGCUACUUUGGAGUUCUCGCGGGAAUUCCUGGGGAGUUCGCGUUGGUUGGUGAAGUUCCGGUGGAGGGAGUUCCGGUUGGUGUGGUGUGCCGGAGAGGAGCUGCGUGGGUGGCGUUGGGGAGAGUUCCAGGGGAGUGUGCGUGGAGUGCUGGUGGAGUUCAGCAAUAAAGUUUCCUGUUUGAACAUACAA